GUUAAUGAAGAAACGAAAGAUUUUAAACUGAGAGAUAACUGAUAUUAAUUGAAUUAUACCAAGUAUGUCAUAUACGGAUAGUACAUUACCGGUGAGAUCCGAUCCACCACAAGGAGAUUAUGAAUUAAUUGAUGUGGAUCCUCAUUUUAAAAGAGUUGUUGGAUACUUUAGAGGUUCUGAUUAUGCAGCUUGGGGUGCAGCUACUGUUGGUAUGCCAUUAGCUUUACAAGCUUGGGAAAGAUUAGAACCUGCUGCAGGAUCUCUUAAAGCUCCAGGUAAAGUUCCAGCUGGAGCCUUAAGAACUGCUACUUUAUUAGGAUUUUUAGGGGGAUUUUAUUUAGCUUAUUCAAGAUCAUCACAAAGAUUCCUUGGAUGGUCAGAAAAUGCUAGAGAAGUUAAAAAGGAUAGAUAUGAAAUAAAAAAAUUAUUAUCACAAGGAAAAUUACCAUAUCAUGAAAAUGAAUCUGUAUUAGAUGAUAGAUUAAAGGAUGUUGCUAAUAGAAAUUCUCAAUAUUCUUUUACACUUUUAGCUAUUUUUCCAUGGUUUAAUAUUGCUCAUCAUCCAUAUCAUGGAGUUAGCAUUCAAAAAUAUUAUGUUAAUAGACCAGGUGAAGAAGAAUGGGGAUUCAAUUUAAAACCAUAUGAAGAAAUUAAAGCUAAAUAUGCUAAGAAAAUUGAAUAAUCAAAACUAAUGAAAAGUCCAAUUGACACAAUUCCAUGUAAUAUAAAUUAACGAAGGUACGACGGUUAUUAUAUUUACCAGGUAUUCUUUUUAAUAUGAAUAUGAAUAUGAAUAAUAUGAUGACCCUUGCAUUUUCCCAUAGACAAACAAACAAUAUCAAUAACAACCAUUCAUUUACAUUUCCAUUUACAUUUUCCUUCUAUUUCAUAUUAGAGUUAGAAUAUGCUAUUAUGCCUAAGCUAUUACAGACUCAAUAUUUAUUCUCUAAAUACUAUUUACGUAAGGUUUCAUAUACUUAUUAUAAUAAAAUCCAUUGCAUCGUUUUAUUUCUUUAAUUUAUUGUAGACCCACACCGCAAUACAUUUGGAACUUGGUUUGUUUACAAACACCAAAAAAUUUAAACCCCAAACCAAAACAAAAAUACUAUCCACAAUAAACAUACUAA